UAGAAAUGAAUACGCAAUGAAUGGGUGGGUAUGUGAACAGGAAUCUGAUCUGUCCCUUAUGGAUAUGAAUAUACUGAAGUGAUUGUUUGUGCUAUAUACUGGAGUAGUUGUUUGUGCUGUUUUCAGUUCAAUUCAAUUGUGUGGAGUAAUAAUGGCUUCAGCUCUGCUAUUAGGACUUAUACUAGUCUGCACUGGGUUGACAAGUGGUGAUGUGACUGAAUUUCAAUGUACUAAUGGAAGUGUGUAUGCUGGAGAUAUAGUGGAGUGUAACUGUACAACAAGUACUGUAGCAAUAGACUGGAACAUCAGUUAUAUAGCACUAGGAUCGUGUGAUCAGAACUUGAUACAUGUCAAAUCAGAACCUUUCAAUGCAGCUACAACUGAUAAUACUACAGAAUAUUAUGGAUACAAUUUUACCUAUAAUGCUGAUAACAACAGCUCAAGCCUCAUUUUUUAUUUGAAUGCAUCUGAGAGCAUUUCUGUUACGUGUAGAAAUGGUGAUAAAGGGGACGGUGCAACUCUAGUAAUCCCUGACGCAGGCUACGUAAAAGCACUAAUAAACUUAACAACAGACUUCAAUGCAAGUGGAAUUACCCUACACUGGGAGGAUAUUGGGAAUAACUGUGAUUCUACUGAGUAUCAAGUGACUGUUAUUAGUUGUUCAUGUACAUCAACCAGUGUAUUGACGUAUAGUACUAAUGACACAGCCUUACAUAUAAACUCAAGUGACUUAUUAGAAAAUGUAACCUAUACAUAUACUGUUAGAGGAUGGAAUGAACAGCAAAGUAAUAACAGUAAACCAUUCACACUUGGUAAUGAUACGAUUACUUCUCAGUGUGAACCACCACAAAAUAAUAACGGUCUAGGCACUCCUAGCUUCAAUGUUACUAUUACUGCAAAUAGUACUACUAAUAAUUGCAAUGAUAGUUGUUGUACUAAUAUCACAAUUUUUAUACAACUGGUAUUGAACACAUCAGACCCACAGUAUGCAAAUCUAAGCUAUAAUAUAUCAUAUGACUCUAUCACUAUUAAUGAAGAAUCAAUGAUAACAAAUGAAGGAGAAUGGAACAAGAAUAUACAGCUACCUCAUAAUGAAAUGCACUAUUCUGAUUCUGAACAGGCAAAAAAUCAAUGUAAAAUGACAAUUUCUGAAAGUAAUUCUGCUAGCUCUUGUCCAAUGGAGGAUUGUGAAAAACUAAGUGGAGGAUGUAUUGCAGCAAUUUCUGUAUUAGGAGUGCUACUUUUGAUGGCAAUAGCUGUAAUAGUCUGCUCAAUAAUAUUAGGUAGAAAUAGAUCAGUGAAGUCAAAUAAAACUGAACUGAAGAACUUGGUGAGCCCAAAUGAUGACGAACCAGAUGGAAACAAACCAGAUAAAAACAAACCAGAUGGAAACGAAAUAGAUGAAAAUAACCUAGGUGGUGGAAAUGACAAACCAGAUGGAAACAAAUCAGAUGGAAACAAACCAGAUAAAAACAAACCAGAUGGAAACGAAAUAGAUGAAAAUAACCUAGGUGGUGGAAAUGACAAACCAGAUGGAAACAAAUCAGAUGGAAACAAAUCAGAUGGAAACAAACCAGAUGGAAACGAACCAGAUGGAAAUAAACCAUGUCAGUCACCAACAGGAAAUGAUGAAGAGAAUGAAGGUGGUGGCUCAAGCUCAGGAGCUGUGGCAG